UGGCGCCCCAAGCACCGGCAGCUCCCGCGCCGCGGCGAGACCGGGAGACAGAACGAUCAACCAACCAUCUCAGCAGCAUCACGGAGGAGUGGGAACAUGCUUGCCAAUUCAGCCAGCGUGCGUAUUCUCAUCAAGGGAGGCAAGGUGGUGAAUGAUGACUGCACCCACGAGGCCGAUGUCUACAUUGAGAAUGGCAUCAUCCAGCAGGUGGGCCGAGAGCUGAUGAUCCCCGGAGGGGCCAAGGUGAUUGACGCCACUGGGAAACUGGUGAUCCCUGGAGGCAUCGACACCAGCACCCACUUCCACCAGACCUUCAUGAAUGCCACCUGCGUGGAUGACUUCUACCAUGGGACCAAGGCAGCGCUUGUUGGAGGCACCACCAUGAUCAUUGGCCACGUCCUGCCUGACAAGGAGACCUCUCUCGUGGAUGCCUAUGAGAAGUGCAGGGGUCUCGCCGACCCCAAGGUCUGCUGUGACUACGCCCUCCAUGUGGGGAUCACCUGGUGGGCACCCAAGGUAAAAGCAGAAAUGGAAACCCUGGUGAGAGAGAAAGGCGUCAACUCAUUCCAGAUGUUCAUGACCUACAAGGACUUGUACAUGCUUCGGGACAACGAGUUAUACCAAGUGUUACAUGCUUGCAAGGACAUCGGGGCCAUCCCCCGAGUCCAUGCUGAAAAUGGGGAGCUUGUGGCCGAGGGUGCUAAGGAGGCACUAGAUUUGGGUAUCACAGGCCCCGAAGGAAUCGAGAUCAGCCGUCCAGAGGAGCUGGAAGCAGAAGCAACUCACCGAGUCAUCACCAUUGCCAACAGGACUCACUGUCCCAUCUACCUGGUCAAUGUGUCCAGCAUCUCUGCUGGUGACGUUAUUGCAGCUGCUAAGAUGCAAGGGAAGGUGGUGCUGGCUGAGACCACCACCGCACAUGCCACACUGACAGGCUUGCACUACUACCACCAGGACUGGUCCCAUGCGGCCGCCUAUGUCACCGUGCCUCCUUUGAGACUGGACACCAACACCUCCACCUACCUCAUGAGUCUGCUGGCCAAUGACACUCUGAACAUUGUGGCAUCAGAUCACCGGCCAUUCACCACGAAGCAGAAAGCUAUGGGCAAGGAGGACUUCACCAAGAUCCCGCACGGGGUGAGCGGCGUGCAGGACCGCAUGAGCGUCAUCUGGGAGAGAGGAGUGGUUGGAGGAAAGAUGGACGAGAACCGUUUCGUGGCUGUUACCAGUUCCAACGCGGCUAAGAUUCUCAACCUGUAUCCCCGCAAGGGCCGCAUCAUCCCGGGAGCUGAUGCCGACGUGGUGGUGUGGGACCCGGAAGCCACAAAGACCAUCUCCGCCAGCACCCAGGUUCAAGGAGGGGACUUCAACCUGUAUGAGAACAUGCGCUGCCAUGGCGUGCCGCUGGUCACCAUCAGCCGGGGGCGUGUUGUGUAUGAGAACGGUGUCUUCAUGUGUGCCGAGGGCACCGGCAAGUUCUGUCCCCUACGGUCCUUCCCAGACACUGUCUACAAGAAACUGGUCCAGAGAGAGAAGACCUUAAAGGUGAGGGGAGUGGACCGCACUCCCUACCUGGGGGACGUCGCUGUCGUUGUGCAUCCUGGGAAAAAAGAGAUGGGCACGCCGCUGGCAGACACGCCCACACGGCCGGUCACCCGGCACGGGGGCAUGCGGGACCUUCACGAAUCCAGCUUCAGCCUCUCUGGUUCUCAGAUUGAUGACCACGUUCCAAAGCGAGCCUCAGCUCGGAUCCUCGCGCCCCCUGGAGGCAGGUCGAGCGGCAUUUGGUAAAGGCCCUUACCGGCCCCCCAAGUGAGGAUGCGCCACUGCCACCCACCUGCACACCUUCCGGCCACAGCUACAGGGGGCCGGAGAGGCUGGGCUGGCAGCACCACCUGCGGGGGGGCCCCCCCCAGACCGGGGAGCCUCCCCACAUCUGAACGUGAUUCGCUGGGCUUCGAGCCACCCUAACAGGCACUUUGAGCUGUCCCUCCUGCUGUGCUCCCUUCCUGCGGCAGGGGCUUCUCCGGGCCCCAGAAGCCCACACUAUGCACGGAGGGGAGCAAUGCAUAGCCCUGGCCCAGCCCCUCCUCCCACCACUGCCACCUCUGCUGGCUCUGGGAAGGCCCAGACUCUAGUGCCCUGCCCCUGGCCACCCCACCAGGUGUCCAGAGCACUUUAGCAAAUGUGUUUUAUAAGUAAUGGCCUCCCUCCCCCACCCCCUUAGGCCCCUUGGUGACAUUUCCCAAGUCAGACAGGCGUCAGCUUCCCAGCCAUGCCUAGGACAUCCUAUCUCUCCUAACGCACCUCUAGUCCUGUGUGGGUGUAGUCGGGACACUCUGGGUGUGGGUGUGGUUGGGACACCCUGUGCCCUUUGCCAGCCUCUUUCAGCUCCAAACCCAUACCCUCUGUGAGACCCAGGCCCCAAGGGGUAGCUGGGCAGGGGUGUAAGGCUGGUGCCAGGCGCGUGUAAAUGGUUUUGUUUUGCACGUUUGGUUUGCGCAGUGGUUUGGUUUGACUUGUUUGUGCAUCCUGUGGAAAAUAACGGUGCUUCGUGUCACUAGCAUAGCAUAGAAACAGGAAUAGAUGUGGUCCUUAGGAGAUGCUGCACUCGCCACCAACCAGACAGCACAGGGCAGAGUUGAUGGGGCCAGGCCGCACGGGCCCCUCCCCCAGGCUUCCUGGGCCAGGACCCACUUCCCUCCUUCAUUUGGAUUUUCUUCAUUCUAAGAAGGGGACCUGGACACUGGCCCUUGAAACCUUCAGGCAGUAGGUCAGCCCCUCCCAUCUCUGGCCCUGGUCAUUCCCAGCACUAACCACUCCCAACACACACACACAGCUCCCUGUAACUUCCUCUUGCUGGACAGAGGCCUGGCCACUCCUCCUGUGUGAUUGGCAAGAGGCCUCAUGCCUGCUGAGAGAGGGGGAGUGGAAGAGGGACUGGCCAAAUGCCCAGGGCCAGGGAGGGAGACGCCAUCCACAGGGACAAUGGUAAAUCCACAUCACUGCAUAAGUGCCGUGGACUCCCGUAGUCAGCACCCCACCUUCACUGGCUGGUGGCCUCAUCUCCCACGUUCCAUAGAGAUUAUCACGGGAGCCCUGGAGGCAGGUGAUGUCCAUCUAUCCCUAGUGGUAUGGGAAGUGGCCCAGCCACCUCCCCUUGAUAAGCCUUGUUUCCCCCUCGGGAAGUGAUUUCAUGUCGAGCCUUUGGUUUGAUCCUCCCCAAGCUUUCAGGAGGCCCCUGGACUCUUGGUUAAAGGUCAUACCCUGCGCAUUUCUAGAGCGCUUCUGCAUAUCAAAGCUCUUCCAUAUAAAGAUUUCACUCACUCCUCACAACCAUAGAGCACACCUAUUAUUCUUCCCACUUUACAGAUGAUGGAACUGAGGCCCAGAAAAUUUAGACCCUCUGGUCCCAGAAGUGCCCAUGACUGCCCUGUGACCAUAGCUCUCUAGCCUAGCUAUGGAGGAGGAGGUAUGGGGUGGUGUCUGCUGUCAAACCCACCAACAACUAACUAGAAGACUUACUCCUUGGUAGGCAUUCUGCUUUGUUUUGCACAAAUAGAUUUUUCUCUGUUGUAAACAAAUUAAUGCACAUUCUUGGUUUGAGUCAGGACUAGCCAAAUGUUGGGGUCCUCCUGUGUCAUUUGAGCUUCAUCCACAUCCUCCCUUCACUCCCCUUAAUCUCACUUAGGGGCUGAAAGGAUAUAUGGUAACCCAGGGAACAGAGGCAGCUAUGGGGACAGUAGGUAGGGACCCAGGCCUGGGAAAGCCACAAUGGACAAGGGAAACUGUGACACUGACCCCUGGUACAAUGCACACCAUCUUUAUCCCUUUCAGCUCUAGCUGGGUCAUGGGCCUUGGGCAGAUGCCAAAGAGCCAAGUGGUGGUGAGGCCAGCUGGGCAGAGCACCCUGCUUGGGCUAGCAAAGCUUUACCUUCUCUGAGUGCCUCCGCCCAAGAGAUGCAUGACCCAGGGUGCUGGGAGACCACAUCUUGGAGGGGCCCACUGGAGGCCUCCCACUUCAUCCACUCCCACCCUGCAUAGACCCGACCCUCACCCAGGAGCUUCUAGAUGGAAAUCAGAAGGAGGUUCAAGGAGCAAACGAAUGGUCAUCCCCACCAUCCACUCCCUGCCCCGUGCAGAUCCCAGCCAGCUCCAUCCCCAGCCCCGAAGGCUCCCGGCUGGGAUGGAAAGGGUUUCUGGUUGCACCGACUGCAGCUCUCAAACUGGUCUUGUACUUACUGAAUAAAUACUGUUGUUCUUGCCUUAGCUGCUCUCUAGGUUUGUGGGGUUAAGUUACCAGAAAAUUGUGCUACCGUGUGUGCGUGUGUGUGCGUGUGUGUAGUGCUAGGAGUGCACAGUAGGUCUCUGUCGAGCCGAUGCCAUGAUGACCCAUACUGACCCAGAAACCACAGAACCACGCGGAAACCCAAACCCCCUCCAGCUGCCAAGGCGGCGGGCACACCCUGGGGUCGGGAUGGAGCCUCCAGCACCCAAGUGACUUCCUCACUCCUCUGUAAAUGUCAUGGUGCUAAGACAGUGUCAACCCCAAGAUGACACACAGCCCUGUGCUUUGGCCACCGUUUGAGGCAAAAACAAAACAGCCCGACACGUUGUGUUCUGGUGCAGGUUUGCAUUAAACUGUAGCUACUUCUCA